UAUUUUAUUCUGAAGCAUUUCCUUUGUGUAUUUAUUUCAAACAGUUAUUGUUCACAAUAUCGAUUAAACACAUUUGCCAAUUAGAGUAACUUUCUUGAAUCGACGAAAGGUCUAUUGAUCGUAGAAUUCGUUAUGAACAAUUAAUCUUCUUUUCGAAAAUCUACUAUAAGUAAUUUUUUCUAUUAUUUUUGAAGCAUGUUAGGAAAAAUAAAUAAAAGUACCACGCCUGAGAUUUUUGAAAAUACGCUAAGCCAGCCAAUAAUUUGCAGAAGAAAGUCAUGGGUAAAGAACAUCAGGGAUUGGACCGGGAUAGCUAUCGUAGCAAAGCUUUUCCGCCAAGCUAAUAAUAAGGAAGACUACAAAAUGUUGAUCAAUAAUCUUCAAUAAUAGGGGCACAAGUGGCUCAAGAACUCUUUAAGACGACAAAAAAAAAUUUACCAUACGAAAAUAAGAGGCAGUGCAAUGAUGCCUUCAAUAUUAUAUUUAAAACACCAUGUUUAUGAAAUGAGUGGGCCGUAAUCAGCGCCAUAACAGUAAGGUAAAAUUAUUCCAAAGCUCAGUUCAGUCGCAAUACAAGUAACGGGAUCGAAGCUUUAUUUACUAGUAGCGCCCGAGAUAAUAAUUAUAUCAUAUACAUGAUAAACACUAUGAAAAUACUUGUGUUGAAAAUAAUAGUGAUUGGAAUUUUGCCUCGUUCUACGUUGCAGAAUUGUCCAGAAGAGGUUACUGAUGAAGGAAUCAGUGUUACCUGGCAUCAAACCGCAGCUGCAAAUAACGUCGAAUCGGAUCCACUUUGUUACCUCAACGACACCUUAAUAACCAGAAACUGUUCAGACCUAGGCUGGUCUCCCGCUCUCGAUGAAAUCCCACCCUGUCUGAAAGUCGUUAAGUAUUUUGAUCUAACUGCUUGUCCCCCAGGAUAUUUUAAAAUAUCGGAAAACAACAAUAAUUACUGUUAUCAGAUCGGUGAACCCUCCGCAUGGGACUCUCCUUGUUUCUCAAGUGGUGGAGCUACCGUUAUAACAGAUUUAUCUUCAGAAGAGGUCGAAUAUUUGCUCAAAUCUCUCUCGGCUACGAAUACGUCUAGAUACUUUUGGCUACCAGCACAUAGGCAGAAAGUAUUUAAUCCUGUAGUGUGGUCUAUUCCAGGACCCAAUAGAGGUCAACGCGUUACUCCUAGAAAACAUCUACCUCUCUAUGCUUCGUUCACCAAAAAUUGUUUAUUGUUAGAUAUUCAACUAAAAGUACUAAUAACUGAAGUAUGUAGCGUGCAACAUCCAAGUUUAUGUUUCUACAUAAAUGACCUUCACUAUCCAACUAAAUGCCCUGACGGAUACCAUUCAUUUAGAUUUAAACUUGAUAGUGGCACUUGUUUUGGAAUUGAACAGUCAGAUAAUGCUACGGGAAUGCCAUUUAAUGACUUUCUACACGAAAAGUGUCAAAGCCCCAUGACUAAUGGCAAAUAUGAUUUAACAAGAUUCAUUUUUAAAAAGAUUGCUGAAUUGUACAAGUUACCUGAUGAUGUAUGGUGCUGGUUCAGGUCGCCUCCAGCUUACAAAUUAAGUGAUGUCGAGGAAUAUUCAAGUGGAAACUACUCCUUAUACAGUAAUGUUAUAUCAUUAGAAGGUAUUAUAAAUAAUGUCGGCGUAUUGAGUUUAAAGGAUUCUAGUGAAUCGUUAACUUGUAUGGCAUGUGAAGCUAGCGUUAUAUAUUGGGAAACUGAAUUCAUGUUUGAAUAUAAUGAAGAGAAAAAUAAAAUUUAUCUCACAGUAUAUUAUCCGUCUGGGUUAUGGAAAUAUGAUAAUAAUGACAUUGGAUUUCAAUGUUUCUCGGACGCCAAAGGGUUUGUAAGAGUCAUCGAUGUGGACGACAAUCCACUAUUUGAAAUAAACUCUGAUUCGUUUGGGCAAAAUGAUACCACACUUGGACAAGUUGAAAAGGUUGUAUACGUAAUUGAUUUAGUUACUGAUAGCUCUGCUCAGUACUGGUGUGAGGGACACACAGUGGACUUUUCCAUAAUUGCUACUAACAAAAUUAUCGCCAAUCCAAAGGGUAAUAAGGUCCACGUAUUUGCUCUUGUUAUAAAGCUUUAUGUGCAAUCAGACGAAGUUAAAGAAUUUCCUACUCUGACAACUUUAAUGAAAAAUAUUACUGAUAUAUUUUCAGCAAAGAAAGUACUGCUCAUGGAUAUUUUUGACUAUUUCUUACAAGACAUGAUGAUUUUAAUGCAUUUACAUGUUGAUGUGGUAGAUAUUCAUGACAAUAAUGCCCAAAACAUUCAAGAAACAUUUAACAUCCUUAUGCAAAAAGCAGAACUUUUGCCAAACUAUAAUAUAACAUUUGUUGAUAUGUCAAGUUCUGUUUAUUGUCUACCAACUACUUCUCAAGACGUCAUUACGCUUGACUGGGAAUUGACUUUAAUUGGCCACAUCACGGCUCCAAAACAAUUCUGCCUUCAAGCUAAUGGCUUACCGGUAAAGAGGCAUUGUUUAGGAUCUUAUUUGUUAGGCGGCAAAUGGGGUGAAGUAGAAGGCUACUGUGACAAUACUUAUGAACCAUCACAUACCACUGCCUUUUUAUAUAGUAUCGUUAAACGGCAGACGGCUAAUAUUUAUUUUUCUCGAUUUCUUACUGAUGGGCUCAACUUUGUACUUGGUGAUACUGAUAUAAUAAUUCCUGCAGACAUUUAUUACUUGUCUAUGUCUUUGCAAAGGAUUUUAGAUGUUGCUCAUGAAAAUGCCACAUCAGUGGAUACUGGCGAUAUAGAAAAUAUAGCCUGGGUUAUGGAUAGAAUGAUGAUUCUUGAUUACCAAUACUUACGUUUAGCCCAAACACUAAAUUCGACAAAUGUGAUUUUAGAUUCGGUGAGUGACAUCAUAGAAUUGAUUGCACAAAGGAGUAUAAAUGAAUCUACAGAUCUGAGUGAUGUCGCGUACCAACUAGCAGUAAAACCACAAUUCGUUGUUCAAAUUUCUUACCCAGAUUACAACAAUAUAACAGGUUUAGCCAUAAUCAAAAGUUCAGACUCGAAUAAUUUUUCGGAUAUGCUCAUACAACCACUAUACAAAAAUACAAGCUUAGAAGACGUUCUUACUAUAGAAAAUUUAGAAAUUGCUACUUGGGUACCUGAACAAAUUUUAAAUACUAUACAAAGAAUAAAUAAUGGUACUACUCCAAAUAAUAACACAACUGAAAAGCACCACAUUAUCAUUACAAUAUUUCAUAACAAUGCAAUUUUUCAAGAGUUAGUCACAGAUAAACACGAAGUCAACAGUCGCAUUGUAGGAGUCACUAUCCCUGACUACAUAUCCAAUCUGGAGUAUCCUAUACCACUAAUUUUUAAACAAAUGAAUCACUCAAUGUACAACUCUUUCUGUGGCUAUUGGGACUUUCAACCACAACAAGUUGAUCAUAUUCCGGGAUCGUGGAAAAAACAAGGAUGUUUUAUCGUUAAAGUAAUAUCGGGUACCACGGUAUGCGAAUGCUACCAUCUCACUCAUUUCGGUCAAUUGGUCACAAUUCCGAAAACUGUAGAUCAUGAAGAUAACAUGCGUGAUAAAAAUCAUGCAAUAGCCUUAAACAUGAUAACAUUGAUUGGUAGUUUUUUAUCACUGUUAGGUAUAACAGGUAUUUGGAUAACAGCGUUAGUAUUCGGAAACUGGAGGAAAAAAGCAGGUACAAAGGUCCUUCUUCAGUUAUCUACUGCUAUAGCAUUACCUCUAGUUUUUAUUUUAGUUUUCAAUUUAGACUACACUAUAUUCGUUCAAGUUGAUGAAAUGUAUGUUGUUGCUGAAAAUAAAAGGCCAGCGUGUAUUGUUAUGGGGUCACUGCUGCACUUUUCUAUAUUAGCAAGUUUUAUGUGGAUGCUGAUAACAGCAAUCCUACAAUUUAUAAGAUACGUUCGAGUUUUGGGAGUGCGUAGACCAUCCCGUUUUAUGGUCAAAUUCACGUUGAUCGGCUGGGGCAUUCCUACCAUACCUGUGAUUUUAACUUUAGCUCUAGAUGCUCAGACCUAUAUACCUAGUUCGUCAAUGAUUAAAAGGAUUUGUUACCCAAAUGGAUACUAUUUAAUUUUAGGUGUGCUUGUACCGGUCUGCAUAAUUCUUGCUAUAAACAUAAUACUAUUUAUUUUAGUGCUUCAUGCUAUUUCAAGGGGAUCUGACCAGAAAAUCAAAACUACUGAUAUGGAUUUGAUAGGUGCACAAUUGAGAGUUUCCAUAUUUUUAUUCUUCUUAUUAGGUCUUACUUGGAUCUUUGGAAUAUUUUCAUUUUCAAAUCAUUUACUUUGGUCUUAUCUGUUUUGUUUAACAUCUACUUUACAAGGAUUUGUCUUAUUUAUAUAUUUUGUGAUUUGUGAUCCCAACACAAGAUGUUUGUGGGUAACGCUCAUGAAACCACAAUUUGUAAGUAGUUCUUCAAGGAAUAGUAUUACGAGUAUAAGUACUGGUUGAUUUGUAUUAUGUAUGUGUAUUGAAUUAAUAAGUUGUAAAAGAAAUUAUU